UGUUUCCAUGGCGGCAGCGGCCGUAGUUGCGGCGGCUCCCGCGCUCUGGCGGCGGUUGCUGGAUUGUUUGCCCCGCGGGAGGCCGUCUCUGGCGGCCUUUUUGGGCAGGCUCUCGGAUCGUCUGAGCCGAGGCCGCGAAGGCAGCGCUCGCAGGUCGUCAUGGCUGCUGUUGGCUCCAUUACUCACAUCUGCAGUUCCACAGCUGAUUCUUCCCACAAAUUGCCUUAGCCCUGAGGGAACACACAUUUUUCAAUGGAUCAGAAACUUGGUUCCAGAAUUUGGUAUUGCUGGCUCCCACAUCAAGGUACUUUCAUCGCCAGCCGAAUUCUACGAACUUAUGAAGGGACAGGCAAAGAUGGCUAAGCAACGAAUCGUUUUAGCUUCGCUAUAUCUUGGAACAGGCUCUUUGGAACAGGAAUUAGUGGAUUGUAUUGAAAUAGCUUUGGAAAGCUCAUUGAAGGGAUGUGAGAAUCCCAAUUUUAGAGUGUCUAUCCUGUUAGACUUCACGAGAGGAUCCCGAGGCCAGAAGAAUUCUCGAACCAUGCUGCUUCCACUCCUGAGGCGAUUUCCAGAUAAGGUCCGUGUCUCCCUCUUCCACACUCCUAAUCUACGUGGUCUUCUCAGAUAUCUAAUUCCUGAGCGUUUUAAUGAGACCAUCGGGUUGCAGCAUAUCAAAGUCUAUCUCUUUGACGAUAAUGUGAUCUUGAGUGGAGCCAACUUAAGUGACUCUUACUUCAGCAAUCGGCAAGACCGUUAUGUGUUCCUGCAAGGCUCACCAGAGAUUGCAGAUUUCUUCACUGAGCUAGUAAAUGCAGUUGGGGAUGUAUCUUUACAGUUACAGCAGGAUGACACAGUCAAAAUCAUAGAUGGGAUGGUCCAUCCUUACAAAGGAGACAAGAGGGCCUAUUAUGAGAUGGCAAAUAAGAAAGUGAUGGAAGUGAUCAAUUCUGCCAGGAUCAAACAAGAACAAUUUCACACUCGGACUUUCCAUAGCAACAAUACAGAAGGAGAAAUCUCCAUCCGUGAUACAAAGGCAAUUGGUGAUGGGCAGUCAGAACCAGAUACAUGGAUUUAUCCAUUAAUACAGAUGAAGCCGUUUGGGAUUCGGAUAGAUGAGACAGUCACAAAUACUCUCCUUAUGGAAGCAGAGCAGGGUGCCAGCAUAUAUCUCACCACAGGUUAUUUCAACCUCACAAAAACAUAUAUAGACCUGAUUCUAGGCACCCGGGCAAAAUUCCAGAUUUUACUAGCCUCACCGGAGGUGAAUGGGUUUUUUUGGAGCCAAAGGGGUGGCAGGUGCCAUCCUGCUGCCUACGUUUAUAUUGAACAGCAAUUCUUCAGCAAGGUGUGGGGCCUGGGUCAGGAAGAGAGAGUCCAGUUGCAGGAAUAUUCAAGGAGCGGAUGGACUUUCCACGCCAAAGGCCUCUGGUUGUACCUAGCAGGAAGCUGCCUGCCCUGCUUCACUUUGAUUGGCUCUCCUAAUUUCGGGUACAGGUCAGUCCAUCGUGACCUGGAAGCACAGAUUGCGAUAGUGACAGAAAACAAAGCCCUACAGCAGCAGUUCCAUCAGGAGCAGGAGCAACUUUAUUCCCGUUCUGGUACAGUGUCUUCUUCAACGUUUGAUCAGCCAAGCCGUUAUGUCAAGCUGUGGGUGAAGAUGUUGACACCUCUGAUUAAGAACUUCUUCUGAAAUAAGGAGAGACAGAUCGUCUUGGUUGAAAGUCCAGACGUAGGUGGGGCCUCUUGUGCGUGUCUUGUACACGGGACACUCAUACACGUUCUUGAUAUCCAUGCGAUCCACA